GGCUUCAGGCGGAGGUAAAGUGCUUUCAUCGGUUGGGGAUGAUGGGAGAAGGAGUCCUCCCCCUCUCCAGCAAAUCACCAAGGCUGAGUUAAACGUGGCACCAGCCAAGACUGUCCACGCGUGUUUCUUUCCCCACCCAACUAGAAAAGUUCCACCCCCGAUGCAUGGAAGGGGGGGUGGAGAAAGAAGCAGCAAAGCAGCCCCGCCCAUGCAUGCAUGCAUGCAUUGCAUUUCUGCAUGCAUGCAACCCCGCAGCCUUUUGGCGUGCGUGGGUUUCCAAAGCCAGCCAUGCCAAAAAAAAGGGGGGGGGGAGGCGCAAUUGCCCAUCCUCACCUGCCAGGAUCGCCUUGCCCGGGUGCGUCAGCUUGACUUUGCCGGCCGGGGCUGCGGCGGCCAGGCAGCGGGGUCGGGCGAAGGGGCUGACGAAGCCCGCGGCCGGCGGGGUGGAAGACAUCGCGGCUGCGGGAGGAAGAGGAGGAGGAGGAGGAGGCGGCUGGUGCCAAGCAAGCGGCCCGCUGCUCGGAUAUACCCCUCCGGGGGCGUGAUCGCCGCCGCCCCCUUUCUUCCCUUCCCACCCCACGGGCAGGCGGGGCAGCCAGGCGUCACGGCUCGCCCGGGCUCGGGAGGCGCGGCCAGCCGCGGGGAAGGUGGAGCCGGCUGGCAGCGUGCACGGCGGUGGAGGAGGGGUUGCGUUCACACGACCGCCCCGCUUUGCACGCGUUGGAAAGCUGGUGGAUGCAUGGAGCGAAGUGGGCGCCGCCCCCCCCCCCACCAACCCCUGGGAAGUGUGCACGGGAGUGGAGGGGUUGCGUUCACACGACCCACCCACCCUGCUUUGCAAGGAGGGGGAAGCUGGUGGCGUGGACGGUGGCUGUGUGGAGCGGGCGCCGACCCCAACCCCUGGGAAGCGUGCACGGGAGUGGAGGGGUUGCGUUCACACGACCUCCCCGCUUUGCAUGGAAGGGGAAAGGUGGUCGCUGCGUGGAGCGGAGUCGGCGCUGCUUCCAACCGCUUGGCAGUGUGCGUGGGAGUGAAGGGCUUGCAUUCACACGACCCACGCUUUGCACGCAGGUGUGACCCGAAGACUAGCUCUCUGGGGAAGCCUCCUAAGCUAGGAAAGGUAUUACAAACGAGGAAUGGAGGAAGAGGAGGGGCGUUACAUACGAUUUUAAAAAACGCAUCCCUCCCACCAGGAAGUCCCCAAAACUAAUUUCACCUUAUUCGCCCGACCGCGGCGUUGCUUAAGAGUAACUUUGUUAAGCAUUAACCGCUGGAUGCUGUCCAGAAACAACUGGAUUAGGCAAAAAAAAAAAAA